AGCGAUUUUCAAUCUUCCCGAAUUUUCAGUCGCGUGACGUCCGUCGGAAAAUGUGAGACGCUGAAAGUUUCGUCGGAAAAUGCGAUCGGGGCGUCGAUUCACUCGCGAGCGGUGUGCGCCUCGAGAUGUUCGUCGAUCUCCUGAUUCUUUUGGUCGCGCUCAGCGUCGCGACGCCGGCGCCGGCGUCUUCCUCCGCCGAGGGGCUUGCGGAUUUCGCGCUUCAGGAUUACCCACCCAUCUGUGACAGUCGCGUGUACUGCUCUGGCGAUGUGCUGCACGACAUCCAGCUGGCGGGGCUGUUCAAGGACUCCAAGUCCUUCGUCGACCUGAAGCUGAAGGUGCCCGAAGAGGAGCUGCUGGUGGAGUUCGACGCGCUGAAGGAGCGCAGUAACGGGACCCUCAGCAAGGACCAGAUCUCGCAGUUCGUCCAGGAUCACUUCGAACAGGGCCGAGAACUCGAAUCCUGGGCGCCCCCCGAUUUCACCGAGAACCCAUCCAUUCUCAAAAAAAUCCGCGAUCCUCAGUAUCGAGUUUGGGCACAGGAGCUGAACAUGAUCUGGCGGACACUGGCGCGUAAAGUGAAAGAGGACGUCCGCGAACACCCAGACCUCUACUCGCAGAUCUACCUGCCGAACGGCCUGGUAGUCCCGGGCGGCCGCUUCAAGGAGAUCUACUACUGGGACACCUACUGGAUCGUCUACGGACUCCUCGUGUGCGACAUGCACGACACCGCCCGCGGCAUGAUCGAGAACCUCCUGAGCCUGGUGGCCCGCUUCGGGUACGUGCCCAACGGGAGCCGGAAGUACUACUUCAUGCGCUCCCAGCCGCCUCUGCUCAUACCCAUGGCCGACGCCUUCCUCCGCUUCAACCAGACCCAGGGGAUGAAGCUGAUCAGCGACUACUUCGAGAUCUUCGAGGAGGAAUUCCUGUUUUGGCUCCGACACAAGAUGGUAGAAAUUGAACAAAAUGGACAAAAAUACUACCUCGCCCAUUUCACGACCAGAUCCAAAGGCCCACGUCCAGAAUCAUAUAAAGAAGACUAUGAGUUGGCUGAGCAUUUUCCCGAGCAGUGGCAGCGGGACGUAUUUUACAACCAAAUCAAAACAGCCGCCGAAACCGGCUGGGAUUUCUCCUCGCGGCAUAUUAACAAAGAUGGGACGAACGAAGGGAACUUGACGAAUACCCUGACCGAGUCCAUCGUCCAAGUGGAUCUGAACGCGCUUCUGGAGCAGAAUGCCCGCAUCUUGAGCAGGUGGUGCGCCAUUCUUGGUAAACCCAACAAAAGCGCACAUUACAAAGAACAUGCAGACGACUUAUUGAAAGCUAUCACCGCGAUUCUCUGGAACGAGGAAGAGGGAAUUUGGUUCGAUUACGACCUUCUGAACAAGAAACAGCGAAAAUACUUCUACGCGUCAAACUUUGCACCUCUGUGGACCAAAAGCUACCGGAGGAACCGUGUGGAAGUGGGUGACCUGGCUGUCCAGUACCUGUCUCGAAACGGGCUCAUCGAUCCGUUCUGGGUGCCGCAAUUCUGGGGGAUGCCCAUGUCUCUAUUGAACACGACGCAGCAAUGGGACUAUCCGAACAUGUGGGCUCCUCUUCAAUCCUUCUUCAUUUUUGGACUGGACCAAACUGGUAGCGCGAUGGCACAAAGAGUCGCCCAAAGAUUUGCAGCAAAAUACGCGCAAACAAAUUUUGUUGGCUAUAAGAAGACAGGAAAAAUGUUCGAAAAAUAUAGCGCAAUUCACGAAGGUGAGAGCGGCAAUGGUGGCGAGUAUGAAGUUCAGGAAGGUUUCGGCUGGAGCAAUGGGGUCAUUUUCCAGAUUCUCGAGAAGUACGGUCAGGUUCUGAUGAGUCCAAAUAAUGAAAUUGACGGAAGUUAAAACUAAACAAGAUGUGGCUUUUGUGCGAUUGGCUUUCUCAGAAGAUUUCAUUGAGCAUUAAAUUAAAUGCUACGACUGCAUUGAGGUGUACUUUGAGAAGAAAAAUGAGAGAAUAAAAAAUCUACGACUUCUCUCA